AAAAAUUGCUUAUGGGCAUUAACCAUUAUCAACAAAAUUGUUUGGAGUCCAUAUAAGCUAUUAAACGCAUUCAAUGACGUCAUACCCCAAUGUGAAACGCACUCAAGAUGUUAGUUUAUAUUUUGAUAAAAUUUAAUGUUGGUAACAAGAAGUUUUUAUUAGGCAGCUAAAUGUCACCAGAAAAAGUAGUAUAUUUUUUAGAAUAAAUAAAUUUAAAGAAUUAUGUUUAUAAUGAUUUGAUAAUUUAUAUCAGUGUUUGUGGUUAAGAAGUGCUUCCUAUAUAAUUACCUAAUAUCUACGUAUUAUACAUAUCUAUUUUGUUAACGAAACUUCUCAGAAUAAACGCCCAGAUAAAUUUUAAACACAAUACUGGAUAUGGAAGAUAUAUUUCAAUGGUGCAAAGAAGGGAAUGCCCUACAAGUGAGGGUUUGGCUAGAUGAACCCGAACAUGAUAUGAACCAAGGGGAUGAUCAUGGAUUCAGUCCACUGCAUUGGGCGGCAAUGAAGGGUUUCAAUAAAAUAGUUGAAAUGCUUCUACUAAGGGGAGCACGAGUUAAUGCCACAAACAGAGGAGAUGAUACUCCAUUACAUAUGGCAGCUGCUCAUGGUCACAGGGAGAUUGUAAACAUGCUUCUCCGGCAAAAAGCUGAUAUCAAUUUCACAAACGAACACGGGAAUUCACCAUUACAUUAUGCGUGCUUCUGGAGCUAUUCAGAUAUAGCAGAAGAUCUAGUACAUCAUGGUGCGAAGGUAGCCAUUGCCAACAAAUAUGGUGAAACACCUCUUGAUAAAUGUAAGGGAAAUCUUACAAAAGUUCUUCAUGAUAUUGCAGUAGAAUCUGGUCAAGAUCUGAAAAAAAUUAAAUUCAAAGAUCAGAGUUGGUUAGGUUUAAAAACCAGAUCUAGAGAUGCUACACUAUCCCGUCACAAGGGUAUACAUAUUAAAGAAUUGGAAAUGAAAAGGAAAAUAAGUGAAACACAUAGCGGAGUCACUUAUAUUGGUAGGUGGCAAAAUAAUGACAUAGUUGCCAAGAUUCUUAAGGUGCGUGAUGUUACCUCCCGAAUUUCAAGAGAUUUUAAUGAGGAAUUUCCUAAACUACGGAUAUUCUCCCAUCCUAAUAUUCUCCCUGUUAUCGGUUGUUGUAACAGUCCUCCGCAUUUGAUCGUUAUAAGUCAGUAUCUACCAUUAGGAUCAUUGUAUAAUGUUUUACAUGAAGGUAGUGGUGGUCUUGUAGUAGAUACAAUACAAGCUUUACGUUUUGCAAUAGAUAUAGCAAGAGGAAUGGCUUUUCUACAUAGUUUAGAAAGAACAACUCCUGAAUACUUCCUGAAUAGUCGUCAUGUUAUGAUUGACGAUGACUUAACAGCAAGACUAAGUAUGGCCGAUGCUAAAUUCAGUUUUCAAGAAAAAGGUAGAAUUUACUAUCCUGCAUGGAUGUCUCCAGAAGCACUUCAAAAGAAAAUUACGGAUCGUAAUUGGGAAGCUUCUGAUAUGUGGAGCUAUGCUAUUUUACUUUGGGAGUUGGCUACUAGGGAAGUACCUUUUGCCGACCAAAGUCCUAUGGAAGUUGGCAUGAGAAUUGCUUUGGAGGGUUUGAGAAUAAGUAUCAAACCAGGAAUAUCAUCACAUUUGAUCAAGUUGAUAAAUAUCUGUAUGAACGAGGAUCCUGGUAAAAGACCUACUUUUGAUAUGAUUUUACCUAUUUUGGAAAGAAUGGUUCGUUGAUAUUUCCGUACCUAUUUGUUAACAAUUAUUUAAUUAAUUCAGAAUAACUAAUUAAAAUCGAUUUUAUUAACAUCA